CUUGUCAAGGUAUGCAGACAUCUGAAAUGUUAAGGAACUUAGUGAAAGAAUUAACGAAGGGUUAUGGAGAAUCACACAACCACGAGCAUGCUGAAAAAGUUGCUGCAAAUGCCGCCAAAAUCUACUCUGCUAUGAAAGAAGACAUUCCCGACCUUCACAAAAAAGGAGCUAAGGAAGUUGUGACAAGCGCUGCGUGGCUUCACGAUGUGUUGGACCACAAGAUGAUAUCUGAUCCAGUGGAGUAUAACAGAAAGGAGCAGGUGAUGAGAGACUUCUUAGCAGCUCGGUUCAGUGAUCAGCAAGUCACACUUAUAUUCGAUAUAAUUGAAAAUGUAUCGUUCUCCAAGGAGGUUAAAGGUCUGAAGAAAGAUCUGGGAGAGUAUGAGGUACUGAGGAACAUGGUGUCCGAUGCUGAUAAGUUGGAAGCUAUUGGGGAAGUGGGAGUGUUGAGGUGUUAUCAGUACACAACAGAGAGUCAACCUCACUUAUCAACUCAACAGGUAGAGUCAUGUUAUCAGUACACAACAGAGAGUCAACCUCACUUAUCAACUCAACAGGUAGAGUCAUGUUAUCAGUACACAACAGAGAGUCAACCUCACUUAUCAACUCAACAGGUAGAGUCAUGUUAUCAGUACACAACAGAGAGUCAACCUCACUUAUCAACUCAACAGGUAGCGUCAUGUUAUUAGUACACAACAGAGAGUCAACCUCACUUAUCAACUCAACAGGUAGAGUCAUGUUAUUAGUACACAACAGAGAGUCAACCUCACUUAUCAACUCAACAGGUAGAGUCAUGUUAUCAGUACACAACAGAGAGUCAACCUCACUUAUCAACUCAACAGGUAGAGUCAUGUUAUCAGUACACAACAGAGAGUCAACCUCACUUAUCAACUCAACAGGUAGAGUCAUGUUAUCAGUACACAACAGAGAGUCAACCUCACUUAUCAACUCAACAGGUAGCGUCAUGUUAUCAGUACACAACAGAGAGUCAACCUCACUUAUCAACUCAACAGGUAGAGUCAUGUUAUCAGUACACAACAGAGAGUCAACCUCACUUAUCAACUCAACAGGUAGAGUCAUGUUAUCAGUACACAACAGAGAGUCAACCUCACUUAUCAACUCAACAGGUAGAGUCAUGUUAUCAGUACACAACAGAGAGUCAACCUCACUUAUCAACUCAACAGGUAGAGUCAUGUUAUCAGUACACAACAGAGAGUCAACCUCACUUAUCAACUCAACAGGUAAUAGCAGAAAUGAAGCAACAUUGUGAGGAUAAGCUGUUACGUCUCUACACAGACUACAUCCGGACAAGAGCGGGUAAAGAUUUGGGAGCUGGACUGCAUAAAUCCGUGCAGAAUUUCCACCAAGGUGUUACUUCUCUGGAGGAGAUAUUGUCCAAACAUUCCGUUAAUGGAGCGUAGAAAUAGUUUGUUUUCUUACAUUGUUUUGCAUCAUAAGUUAUUCAAUUUUAUGUUGAUUUUUCUACUAAUUUAUCAGAUUAUUUUCAGGUUUUUACUUUUUAUAUUAUCGUGAGUUCGACUUUUGGAUCAUUAUUUUAUCAAAUAUAUCUUGUUAUUAUUCCUUAUCAAGGUUUGAAUUUUAUGUCAUACAACAUAACCAAUUACAGUGGAACCUCUAUAAGUAUAUACCAAUUACCAUGCCUCUAUAUACCGGGUACCUCCAUAUAUAUUCCCCCAAACUUGUAGUUAAUUAGCUUAAUUGCAAAAAAUGUGAUUUACACCAUCUCAUACCGCAUUUAGUGGUGAUUGAAGUACAAGCUUUAUUGCAACUAUGAUAAGACUUAAAGAACUUUAAAUGGGGGUAUAUGUGACGCUUGACAGGUUAUUUGACAGAAACUGGGCGUUGGGAUCAGGUUAAACCUCUCGACUAGUAGUAGAGUAUAGCUCUAUACCGGGUUUUGAUUUUUUUAAAUACACCCUGCACUUUUAUUAUCCCUCGAGAGGCCCGGUAUAUUGAGGUAUGACUGUAUAUGUUAAAGCUCACCUUUUUUAUGUUUUUUGUUCUUACCCUCGUUCCAUUUUCAUACCAACCUAAGAAUAAGCUAAUUAUUUUUUAACGUACGUACGUAGUAUUUAUUUAACGUACGUAGUAUUUAUUUCGUAUUUAAAUUUUACGAACAUUCCGCGUUAUUGAUCUUGUCUGAUAAUUACCGGCUACGAAAUAUGGCAGUCGAAUUUCAAUUAAAAUUAGUCAUCAAUACUGCUACUAAACAGUAAACAAAUAAAUUAAAUUAAUUUAUGGGCAGAUUUGAAUUUGAGUGUAUUAUCCUAACAUGCGCUGCCAAAAUGGCUAUUUAAAUAUAAUCGUUUCUUUGUUUUCUUUUAAUGCAAUAACACUUGAUUCCGUUGACAAAAUAUCAAUACUGAAUAUUCUAUUCAACUGAAAAUAUCAAUGAUGUAAUGUAAUUUUCUCAAAUGAAAAACUACACUCCCAUAGCAUGACGGACAGCCAGGACCCACUUACCUAACAAUGAAUAACCUCCAGGCCCUGUACCGGCCCGAACUCUCCCCUCUAUUCCUAAUCAGAUGCUCCCUUACCCUUAUCUCUGUCUGGUAUGUGACAUGUGGAGCCUCCUCCUACAUCCUGGUCUUGUUAUCUAUUGUAUCUACCCUCUACCUCGCUAGUACUCUACUCUCUAAGUACUCUAUACUUACCUCUCUAAAGGUAGACACCUUCAUGGAGAGCUGGACUUACCCUCAGGAUUGUCUGAGGAACUUCUUUGUUAUCAGGGACUUUAAACCCUUCCCUGAUAACCUCAACUACUCGGUCAUAUCCCGGCCUAUAUACAUCCUGCUGGACAAUGUGAUUGAGAAGUUUGUGUUAAGCUGGCACGCUGGCAUCACCACCAGUAAGAGUUUCCCAAGACUGGUGAGAUUGGAGCUGGUGCAGGCUAUACACCAAGUCUACUACAGAUGUGGACUUGUUAACAAGUAUGAUAUCAUAGAGCACGUAAUGGGGGUAUACUUGGUGAGGUUAGAAGAAGUGGUAAACUCCACCUCCCCCACUCUCACUCAGAUCCAACACACUGCUGCCCUCAACCACCAGUCUCAGGAUCAGUACGUGCGCGCCAUAUGUGAUCUCCUCAUGAGGAUCAGUCUGUCCAAGGUUAAUUACGAGUGUGAAGCACUGCGGGCGGUCCUCCGUGAGAUCCUCUCCUCACAGCUGCUAAACGUGCUGGUGGAGACCUUCUCCGAUCCUUCCACCCUCUACAAACUGAUAGUGGAGCUGGUGGAGGACGAUGAUGAAGAGGAGUUCUCUGGAAUCAGUGACGACGACAAGGAAUUUCUGAGGAACAAGCCUCAUGAUAAGAAGUGUUUCGAGAUAAUAUCGGAGGAGCUUGAAGAGGAUGACACCUCCACAACUAUACAGUUCGCCUCUCUAGAUUGCAGUCCUGGAGAAAGGUCCAAUAAGUUCAGGAUUCCUAAAGUCAGGUUGUUUGGGGUAGGUAUCACCAGGUUUGCUGUUUAUGUUAUCGAAUAUUCUGAUAAACUGUGGAAUCCUGACCUCGGAGAUCAAAGUGAUAUUUCUAUCCAUCUGCUGGGUCGGAGAUUUAAUGAGUUCGCUGCUCUACACGAACGCUUACUAAAGGAUAAGACUACUAAACCGUUUGUAAAGAAAGUGAACUUCCCCAGCAAAGAACCCCUCUCCUCCUUCCCCUUCAACAGACUCGACAGGGAGUUUCUGAGUAGUAGACGAGAUCUGUUUACACAGUAUCUUAACGAGAUCUGCCAGUAUGAUGAGGUCCUGCAGAGCGAGAAUAUGAAGGAGUUUCUGGGAUACAACUGUGAGGAGAUCACUGUCUUCAAAGCUAAGAGUUCUAGUUUUAUCGAAUCUAAGAUAGGAAAGAACAUAACAAAGAUGCUGAGGAGCUUCUCCAGAGGUCUCUCCCUGUCCGACACCAGAGCAGAAACCUGCGAUGAGAGUUUGCUGGAUAUCAGCUCUGAGAUGUUCGCCUCGUACAAGGACAGUAUUCGGAAAACCAAGAAACUGACUGCGCUCUCUCACGAUCACGCUAAGUUCCUGAAAGCACCUCCCAGCGCUGACAUAUCGGACACACUGGAGAAAUACAUCAGAGAAAAGAUGGAGGCAGGUGAGAAAGGACCGUGUGUACCCUCCCCCUGUCAGUACUACAACCGUGAGAAUACUUGUGUCAGUAUCAGGGACAGUCAGUUUGCUUCCACUCUCCUUCAUACCAUUCAGCUUGCUUUCUCCAAAUCAGAAACAAUUCUGGGCACAUACGGUCUAGCUCAAGUACUUACAACUGUGCUGAGAUUACCAAUUAACCGUUACUUUAUCAACAAGAUAAACACGCUGACCUCAGAGAACUACUGGUUUGUAUACCUCACAAAACUAAACCAGCUUCUCUUCGAGUUGGAACCAGAAGAAGGUUCUGAACUUGUUGUGGGUCGUGAGGAGUUUGUUCGGAGAAUCAAGGAGAAGGUGGGUCGUGAGAGGUUGUUGAGUUUGUUUGGUACUGAACAAGCUCUGCUGAACAUUGCUGAUAGUCUGGCGGACCAAGUUGUUAACAAAGCCAUGUUGUUUCUUAUUGUUGAUCAUUUUCUUGGUAUGUUUGUUCCUGAACUGGAGUUUGAGCUGAAGUCUUUGUACCGAUGAAAUUUUUUGUUGAUUGUUUGAAUCUUGGUUUGAAGAGAUGUUUGGAGAUUUUGUUUAUAGAUUUAUUCAUUCUUAAUGACCUUUUUUGUGUUUAAUCUCAGAUUGAGUCCGUAGUUACAAAAUGCUUAAUUUUACUAUCGGCAUGCAUAUCAUGUUUCAUCAGAGAUUUAACUUCACAUUAUUUCAGAAUCUCAGAGUUUAUUAUAAUUGAAAAUUAAUCUAUAUUUUUAUACGUGUGAAAUUUUUAAAUUAAUAAUAAUAAUAAUAAUAAGUAGGAAUUUAUACAUCGCUUUAUAGCCAUAAAGAACUCAAAACCCAAAGAUUCAGUUCAAACCAUCUAAAGCGACUCAUGAGUAACAUGUACAUAAGAACUUAUUUUUAUGAAGUAUGGAUUUUAUGAGAGAGGUAAUACAUGAUACUUAUACAAAUACGUUUUCAAAGAGAUGAGUUUUUAGUUUCUUUUUAAAUAAGACGAUAUCAGUUAGUGUUCUCAAUUGAUAAGGAAGCUGAUUCCAAACAGAGGGUCCGCAGUAGCUGAAACUUCUCUCGGUUUUACUAUAGUUUGAAAUAGGAGGAACAUUUAGGAGGAAAUAGUCUUCUUCAGUUCUUAGUACACGUACAGGUUGACUCUUGAUGUCAAUACAUUUGGUGAUAUACUCCGGAGCUAUGUUGUUGACGCAUUUGAAUACGGUUAGAGCAAUCUUAUACUCUAUUCGUUGUCGUAUUGGAAGAAAAUGGGCUUUUUUCAGGAAUGGAGUGACACUGUCCCAUUUUUUGAUAGCUUUCCAACCAAACAAGAAUCGAACACAGGAAUUUUGUACCUUCUGGAGUUUCUUUAUGAGAAGAUCGGGUAAACCGUAUAGGAGUCCAUUGCAGUAGUCUAGUUUUGAAAA